UUUUCGGGAGCCAAACAGAGGCGCGGUAAAAUAUCAAUCUUGUUCAGGAAAGGAAAAGUGGGAAAUCCAUAUUCGUAGGCUCAGUUGUCAACGACCCGAAAGUUCUCUCUCCGGCUUCUGCGACCUCCGACCCCGUCUUCGGACUUCGUCUCGCGUAUUUCGUCUCGGGCGUUUUCGGCGUGUUCUCUGCUCUCGUUCAGUCCGUACAUACACGCAUGUUCGGAUAUUGUUGUUCUUGACAUAGAAUUCUAUGAGUCUUGUGACUGACUCUCCGGUACACUCAUCUAGUAGCAGCGGUGAUUUUGCAGCCUUUCUUGAUGCUACGCUGGAUUCUAAAUCUUCAGAUUCAUCACCAGAUGAAGAAGCAAUUUCUGAUGUGCAUUCUGAUUCUUCUGACAAAGAAGCUAAAGAUGACUGCAAUCUCAUAAGAAAGAGGCCCAGGGUGGAGAAUUUGGAGAGCAUAGAAGAAACCCAGGGGUCAACUUCUAAUGGGUUUGUGGAACAGCAGUUAGGAGAAACCCAGUGGUCAACUUCUCAUGGGUUCGUGGAACAGCACUUAGAAGCAUCCUGGAAGAAGGAUAUAUGUAAACAUCCGGGAUCAUUUGGUGAAAUGUGCAUAGUUUGUGGCCAAAGGUUGGACUCGGAAUCUGGCGUGACUUUACGGUAUAUCCAUAAGGAAUUAAGACUUGGUAAUGAUGAGAUUGUUCGGCUACGCACUACAGACAUGAAGAAUUUGCUGCGUCAUAAGAAGCUCUAUUUAGUUCUUGAUCUUGAUCACACUCUGCUUAAUUCCACUCUACUUUUGCACUUGACGGCAGAGGAGGAAUACCUGAAAGAACAAACAGAUUCCUUGCAAGAAGGCAGCCUUUUCAAGUUGAACUCUAUGCAUAUGAUGACCAAAUUAAGGCCCUUUGUUCAUACCUUUCUAAAAGAAGCAAGUGCAAUGUUCGAGAUGUACAUAUACACGAUGGGUGAUAGAUCUUAUGCAUUGGAAAUGGCUAAGCUGCUUGAUCCCAGAAGAGAGUACUUUGAUUCUAGAGUUAUUUCUCGAGAUGAUGGUACUGAGAAACAUCAGAAGGGUCUUGAUGUGGUUCUAGGACAAGAUAGCACUGUUUUGAUCCUUGAUGAUACGGAAAAUGCAUGGACAAAGCACAAAGACAAUCUGAUACUAAUGGAGAGAUAUCAUUUCUUUGCUUCAAGUUGCCACCAAUUUGGCUUCAAUUGUAAAUCUCUUUCUGAGCUGAAGAGUGAUGAAAAUGAGUCUGAUGGAGCACUCUCAUCUGUUCUCAAAGUUCUCAGGCAAAUUCACAAUUUGUUUUUUGAUGAGCUGGGUGAUACUGUUGAUGACAGAGAUGUGAGACAGGUGCUAAAAACAGUACGAAAGGAAGUUCUCAAGAAUUGUAAACUUGUCUUCAGCCGUGUUUUCCCUACUACCAUGUUCCAGGCUGAAAAGCACCAGCUAUGGAAGAUGGCUGAGCAAUUGGGAGCUUCUUGCUCAACAGAACUUGAUCAAACAGUCACUCAUGUGGUCUCGACAGACGCUGGAACUGAGAAGUCCCGUUGGGCAGUGAAAGAGAAGAAGUUUUUGGUCCAUCCAAGGUGGAUAGAGGCAGCCAACUAUUUGUGGCAAAGGCAACCUGAGGAGAACUUUGCCGUCAACCAACAAAAGAACCAGUAGAGAAAUCUUUGCAUAGAUGCACGCCCUCCUAGUUGUGAAUAGUAGGAGUUACUUCAUUUUCAUUAUAAUAGAUCAAGCCACUCAAAAUCACAUGGGACCAUUAUUUACUGUAAACUAUGGGUAAAAUGAUGUCCCUGGAUAUCAGUUGAAUCUGUUUGCUACUGGCAUUUCCAGUUCCUGGAUGAUGCAGAGGCAUUCUCGUUUUCAUGAGUUCAGGACAAAUCGUAAGAUGACAUGCCUAGUUCUGCUGCAGAGCGCACAAUUCGUAGCCUAGGACUGGAUGCUAUUGUCGUCAUCAGUUUACCUAUUGCAGUGAUUUCUCAUUUUUGUUUUGCGGGGAGGCCUGUGGAAUUUCUUGUUGUUUAUAGCUAUCUGUCAUAUCUGGAGCUUUUAUUGUGUGCGCACUAAAGUUUCUUGAGAUGUAAAUAUGGUUUCCCAUA